GGCGAUGCCCCUCCCGGUGCGGCGGCGCGCAGCGGGGCCGGGGCCGCUCACACCGGCGGCGGCGGCGGCGGGGCCAUGAAGGUGAAGAAGAGCGGCGGGGCCGGGGCGGCGGCGGCCAGGACCGAGGAGGAGCUGGGCCGAAAGGCGCUCAUCGGGCCCGACGACGUGCUGGGGCUGCAGCGGGUCACCAGCGAUUAUUUGUGCACUCCAGAGGAAAAUGUUUACAAGAUAGACUUCACCAGGUUCAAAAUCCGGGACAUGGAAUCUGGCACAGUCUUGUUUGAAAUCACCAAGCCAGCAGCUUCAGAGCGGGAGCACAACGACAGGAAGGACGUGGACCCCAACGCCGGACGCUUCGUGCGCUAUCAGUUCACCCCGGCCUUUCUCAGGCUGCGGCAAGUGGGAGCCACGGUGGAAUUCACGGUAGGGGACAAACCCAUUAACAAUUUCCGUAUGAUUGAGAGGCACUACUUCCGUGACCAGCUGCUGAAAAGUUUUGAUUUUGAGUUUGGCUUCUGCAUCCCCAGCAGUAAAAAUACCUGUGAGCACAUCUAUGAAUUCCCCCAGCUCUCAGAGGAUCUCAUUCGAGAGAUGAUCCUGCAUCCCUACGAGACACAGUCGGACAGUUUCUACUUUGUAGACAACAAGCUGGUGAUGCACAACAAGGCAGAUUAUUCCUACAGUGGAGGACCUUGAGCGUGGGCUGGACGGCCACGCCGGCCUCCCCUUCCCUCUGGAAGUCGUCAGGGAUCCCAACACCUCCAGCUCUGCUGCCUGCAACGUCACCUGGACAAGGACCCACCACCCAAGGACUCUUUUGCCACAGUAGGAGUUUCAUGACAUCUCUUUUGAGAUAUCUCUUUUGAGCUUUGGAGCAGACCCGGCUCUUCAGAAGUUUUUAAGCUAAAAUUGUCUUUGGAUACCGCUUCCCUAAGUCCUUCAAGUGUCUGCUUUGAAAAUGGUCUUGUGGGACCCGAGGGGUUUUGCCCUAAUUUUGUGAAGUUGUUUUCUUGCCCUCGAGUGUCUUUUAGGGCUGCUUUCCCAAAGAAUGUAAUCAGAGAAACCGUGGGAGUGGAUGGAUGCAAGGGCACAGGUUUGGGUGGCUGUUUCUCUUUGUCAGUGCUUCAAAGGCCAAUUUAACUUGUCCAGCCUGUUGAAAAUAUCGAGCAAAAACAUCUCACAAAGGCAAGUUUCAUCUUCAGAUCAGCUCUCUCCAUGAGUAUUUCAUCCUUCAGUUUUGAUCCUUCUUUGUAACGUUCUGUUUAACCUUGGAAACACCAAAACCUGCAAUGAGGAGCAGUAGCUCAGUGACAGAGCUGUGUUAAUUGGGUGUUUUUGCAUUUACGUUCCUUUUACAUUUCAGGUGAAGGUAAAAUGGCACUGUGGGUCUAUGAACCUCCAUAAGUACAUUCCAUUAAUUUCAUAUUUUUGCAGAAUAAUGGGAAAAACAUUUGCUUUAUUUAACAGUCAGCCUUUUCAUGCCACACAUUUCCCAUUUAUUUUCUUUCAUCUCUGCUCGAUACCAAGAUAAGGACUUCAGCACUGCUUGUUAGAGCAAUGUUUUAAUUGUCUAGGGCAGCUGGGGAGUGUGGAAUUUCCAAAUUUCUACUUGUAUCUGCAUUUAAAGGAGGUUAAGACAGCAUUUCCCCUUUGUUAAAAAUGUUUCUCAUCAGAUAUUAAUGCAGGUGAAACUAAAUCUAAUAAUCAACAGCUUUAACACACAGCAAAAAAAUUCAGCAAAAGUUCUCUCCUCAGACUCUGGAAAAAGUUUAACACCAAUUUAGCCCAAGAAAUAGCAACACCAAGAAUAAACUAGUUUGGAGUGACCUGUUGUCAUGAAACCCUUACUCUGAAGGUCAGUUCACUGAUCCUAAAACAAAAAAACAAAAAACCCAACAAAAAUAAAAGACAGUUGCAGUCUGUAGAUAUUUCUAUAAAUACUUGAUGUCUCCAUGUCUGUUUCUGUGAGUUGAAGUGGAACACUCUAUGUUAGCCUCUGAUAGGUGUAAUAAUUGUAAUAAUUUUUAUAAAAAUACCAUUUCCAGUCGUGAUGAGCGUCUCUGUAGUCGACUACAGCUACAAACAAUUCCAAGUGUAGCCUAAGGACAGGGAGGUUUUUGUGCUCUUGUUGGGGUUGUGGUCACUUUUCAGUGUGUCACCAUUUGUAUUUGGCUUGGCUUUUUUGACUGCUGAGAGAGGAGGCAGUGUUUUUUUUUAAAAAAACACAGUGAUUUUAGGUUACAGCACAGUUUUUAUUAAGCUUGGUAGCUACAACGGUGUGUCAAGUUCACUGAUUUUACACAAGUAGUAGCUUGUAAUAAUUCUUAGCACAGUGAGACUUGUAUUUAUCACUAUUUUUUGUCUCUAGUGUAUUAAAUCAUACAAGUAGCCUACAGCUGACUGAUCAGUUUGAGAGAUACAAAGGAUUUCCUCAUUAUUUGUGCAGCACUUUGAGCUACUGACCAUUAAUUUUAUAGCACAGUAAUUACUAAAGAUGAAAAUAGUUUCAAAAAUGUUUUCAUUCUUCCCCCAGCUUUUUUUUAAAUCAGGGCUGUUAAAUCAUAUAUCCAAUCACAUUUUGCAAGUUUUAAGUAUUUCUGGGUUUCAUUUCAAUUUGCAGGAGAAAAAAAAUAAUUUAAAGACAAAAUAGAGUGUACGUUUGUAGUUACCACUCUGUACAGGGGUUUUUGUGGGGUUAUUUUUCACCUGUUGUUUAUAACAGUCACUUCUGGGCAUAAGAUUUUUAAAAGACUUUUAGGGAUGGAAUUUGCCCAGAAUUUCCAGUCAUCUGUUUAAUCUGUUGUGAUGAGAUCAGUUGUACUUUGGUGUGGACUCUUGGGUCGUUUGAUGGAGUUUCCUCUGAGACAGUCAUGUUCUGCUCCUGUUUUAUGCUACCUCCUUUCAAGACUUAUUAAAAAAAGAGUAAUUCCAUAAAAAUUUUACUGUAAUCAAGGGAAAUUUGAAUGGUAGACAUGCCCCUUAUAAAAGAACCAGGAGAAAGUCACCAAUUUCCCAGGAGUGCAGAUGGAAUUUCUGACAUUUUUCUAGGAUAGGUUUGAGGUUAAACACAAGAGGAUGAAUUAUCAGCUGCUCCUCUCCUGAAAUACUUUAUAAUUCAGAUUCUAUAUUUAAUAAUUCCAGUCUCACAGAAAAUCUAGUGUGAAUCAUACGGGAGAUAUUACACUGAGUUUGCUGCUUAAUAUUUUAAGGAAUAUUUUAAGCCAGAAAUAAAGAUUGGACACUUUCAAUUUCAACCAAUUUUAGCUUUUCAGUCGGGACAAUUUUACUCUUAUUUAAAACCCCCAGAGUUUGCCACAAGUAACAAAUUCUGAUUCCCAAACCAAGGCAAACAACAGAACUUUCUGUGGGAAUUGUAAUGAAGGUGCUUUUUUCCUGUGUCCUGCUGAACAGUUAUCACUGUUCUCUCUCUGUUCCACUUGGGAACUCUUUGUUAGCAUUUCCCCAAGGCCAUCCACAUCCACAAUCUUCACAAACCCGUGGGAAUCACUGUCCAGGAGAGAGGUUCUGCUCCUUUCCCACCUGCUCAAGCAGCAGCAUCACACGUGGUGUUGAUAUGAGGCACAUAAACAGCAUUAAAAAAAUGUUACUUCAAAAAUUUUGGCUGUAGAGUUGCUGUUUUAGUGCCACUUCUGUCCUGGUUUUGCUUAAAAACCACCUUCAGAGUUUCAUGUUAAAGACAAAACUUUGUGCAGCACCCAAUAAUUUCAAUUUCUUUCUGAAAGGGAGCUGAGUUUGCUGCCCCGUUGUGAAAUCCACAUUUUUUCCCCUUAAAUUGGCAGCUGAUUCUUAUUAUAACCCAGUUGAGAACGAAGUCUUAGCAGUAUUUUUCACAGAAGAAUUUGUUAAUCUCCUUGACUAGCUAUUAUUUUGUAUUUUAACAUUCAUCAUUAUUGGGUUUACUUUGGAAGUUCAUUGCGAAAUGACCAAAUAUUGGCUCUGGGAUAAAGAGAAUUGUUGUAUUUUCUUCCUUGAUCCCAUUUUAAACGUGACUUUAAUUAGCACUGCAGCUCUGUUUUAACAAGCCAGCCUGGCAAUUUGGGAUCUGACUUUCUGAAAGUGAAAGAAAACAUCCAAGAUUAUCUGCUAAUAAUGCCUGGCUGUUUCCUGUCAUAAAACAGGAUUAAGUGUGUGCUUUACACAGUGACUUAAUCUUGGAAAAAGAAACUAAGUCUCCCUGAGUGCUAAUAGUGACAUAAUUUUUCUGUGAGACAGGGAAAUUACAGCUCAACACAUUCUUUCAGGGAAAUUAUAAUUUGACAUAUUUUUUCACUUUGUCAGCCUUGGAUUCCUUUAGUAGUCAGGGUUUUUAAGACAAGCACAUACAUUUGUGGUGAGCUGCACGCUCUAAUAACUCACACUUCCAUGGCAGGGAGAGAACCAGUUCUUUUUUAGAAUUAACACAUCAAGCUGUGGUUUGAAAAUCUAGAAACUUUGCUCUCAGUUCAGUGGCAAAAGCCAAAAUUGUUUCUGCGAAUUAUCCGUUAUGUGGUGACAUGUCUGAAAUAACUGAAUGAUCCACCCUUCCUGACUCAGAAGAAUUUAUUUAUUUUAUUUAUUUUAGGGUAGAAAGUCUCUCCAGGGUUGAAAACAAGCUGCUGGAGUUUAGUUCUUGCUCAUAAUCUCUCUCUAUGUCUUGGGUUUUUUUGAGCAGGUCGGUAAGAUGCUCUAUUUUCCACUUCUGUCCUCUUGAGUUUUAUUCCAAAAUCUUGUGUGGUGUCACAGUGGUGGCUGGCUGUGUGUGAAACAUGCAGGCUACCAACUUCCAAAUCCCUCCAGUUUGAGGAAAAAAACUGUUAAAGUAUAUUGAGAAUUAUCCUACAUAUCGACCCCUAAAAAAUAAACCCCAAUCUUCAUGACAAAAGUUAAGGGGAGCUCUUAGUCAUGGAAAGAUUUGGGCUAUUUAAGGUAAGAAAAUGCUAAUACCCAACUGUCAUGUUUAGUAAGUAUUAUAAAAAUGCUCUAUUAAUUAUUCAUAACCUGGAAAAGAUGGUUAACAGUUCAGUUUUAAUUAGAUCUGGUUAGGAAGGAAACCAUAGAAAUCAUUGCUGUCAUUUGGGGCUGCAGGGCAGCAGCUGGAACCUCAUGUAUGGCACAAAAUUUGGGCAGUUUUUUGUGCAUUGGGGGGGAAAAGUGAGGGAAAGGAGGACAAGGACAGAAAAAAGAAUUAAUUUCAGCUAUUUGGACCCAAGAGCUUCAAGGCCGUGGUGAGUGACUCAAUUUUCUCCUGGGUCUGAGGCAGCUGGGAGCUCCUGCCUAAAUUUAUAGAGGCUUUUUCGUGUUUAUGUGAAAUACCAUUGAGAGUGAAAUACCAUUGAGAGUUCAUAUCAUUUAAUCUACGUGGAAAUUCCUGAUUUAUUUGAGGGCUGUGGUGCUCCAGGUCUCACCUUGCAGCUCAGUUGUUCUCCCCAUUUCUGGUGAGUGGGUGAAAUGAUGUCUGUGUGUCUGCAGCCCCCCAAAACCCCCCGUGCUCCUGCCUGCUCUGGUGUCUGCUUGUAUCUUAAUACACCCAGCAAACCUGUUUGAAUGUGACUUUUUUUUUUUCUUGGCAUAGAAACAGAAUUGUCUGUAUUAAAAUGUAUUUAUAAAAAAAAUAUAUAUAUCUAUUUUUUGUGGAAGGAAAGUAGGAUUCUGGUUACUAUACCACUGGGAAAAUGUUAGGAGCAUUUUUACUGAGUUAAUUUCUAAUUCUUUGUACCUUGGUAGGGAUUUGUUUGCUAGGAGAACAUCCACUGUGGCCCAUCCUGCAAUGCACUGUCAUGCAGGUUUUCAGAAAACUGGGAGUCUUUUGUUUCCUUUUUGGGACAGAACUGAGGAAAUCACCAGGAAUAGAAGGAACCUUGGCAUGGAAUCCAUUCUGUGGCUUUGGCUUCAGCCUGUUUGACUUUUUGCAGAUUCAGUAGAGAGAAAAAAGAUUGAGACUUCAGGAUAAAAAAAAAAAUAGAUGCUACAAUUUAGUCUUCCUGUAGGAGAAGGAGAGUCCUUAAAUUAAUUUAUACAAGGUUUAAAUAGGGACUGCACUUGCUUCAAUUGAUUUAAUAUUGGCAGCUUAGUCAUUGAUGUGCAUCCUAGGGAAUAUGCUUAACUUUUUCCAUUACCUUGGAAAAUGGUUCAAAAACAUGUCACUUCCAUUAGCAAGUGUUUCUUCUCCUGUAACAAAUUGCAAAAUGUAAAAAAAAAAAAGAAAAAAAAGAAAUAAAUUAUUGAACCUAGAAACAAGGGUGAUUGUCUCUUU